AUGGGAAGCCGAAGGAAGUACAUUCUGUUGUUUCAUAUAAUUUUCUUUUGGGUUCUAUUGGCUGCAAGAAUUCAAGUGGUUCAGAGUUCAUCUCAUCAUCAUCAUCACCAUCGUCAUCAUCGUCAUCGUCGUAACCACCACCGACUCGGUCCUUCCAAGCUUUUCGUUUUUGGAGACUCUUAUGCUGACACUGGGAAUAACCCCAAAUUUGCAGAAUCCUGGAAUCAACCAUAUGGGAUCUCAUUUCCCGGUGAACCAUCUGGCCGUUGGUCCGACGGUCGGGUGCUUACCGAUUUUGUAGCCUCCUCCAUUGGAAUCAAGACCCCAAUAGCUUACAGAUGGACAAAAAUUGCCCCAAAUAAGUCACUAACUCAUGGGAUAAACUUUGCUUGUGGAGGGAGUGGUGUCUUCGAUACGAUGUUUGCUUGGCUAACGCCAAACAUGACCACACAGAUCAACUUCUUUCAGCAACUCAUCAACAGUGGAGUCUACACUAAAACUGAUCUCAAUUCAUCCGUUGCUCUGGUAUCAGUUGCCGGCAAUGACUAUGCGUAUUCCGCUAGAAAUGACACCCAACAGGAAUUGCUGGCCUUCAUUGCUAAGGUGGUUAAUCAGACAGCCUUGAAUAUAAAGAGAAUUCAUGGAAUGGGAGUGAAGAAAGUAGCUGUUAUAGCUAUUGAGCCGUUGGGAUGUCUUCCUAGAUUCGCAGUCUUGUCUUCUUACAAAAAAUGCAACAUAACUGGAAACGCGGCAGCCAACCUCCAUAAUCACUUGCUGAAGCUGGCUGUGAGAAAAUUGAACAAGGAGACGAAAAGCCCAACAUUCAUAGUUCUUGAUCUCUACAGAGCAUUCAUGUCUGUAUUCAAGAAAAGGAACUCAGGAAAUCUGAAGUUCAGCUUUCACAAUCCACUGAAGCCAUGUUGUGUGGGUAUUGGCACCUCAAACUCUUGCGGAAGUAUUGAUCAGAGUGGAGCAAAGAAGUAUAAAGUAUGCAAGAACCCAAAGGCAGCAUUCUUUUGGGACGAGGUGCACCCUACACAAGCGGGUUGGCAAGCUGUUAGUUUAGUUUUGAAAUCUUCUUUAAACCAACUCUUAUGA